CUGCAGUGAGAGCUCUUCUCGCCAUUUGUGUUUGUACUUCAUUAAAUAACGCUGUGCUUCUGCUGAGGUUUGUAGGAAACGCUUGGACUUGAAGAGACUUGGACCUACUUUCCGCUGCUGCGUCUGGAUCAGUCUGGUUUGAGUAGAAUUUAAAAGAGCUUGUUUGAACCGUUUGGUAUUUCACAGUCCGUUCUUAAGCUAUGUCCAUGGCGGUUCUCAUGCAGCUCGCCUCACAUGGCGGGUCACGCAUGUGCCGCAGGAUGCUACUAAGCAGAGUACUCCCUAUUCAGGACAGGCUGGUCCGUUCGCUGCACAGUCCAUCAAACACCCACGCCAGCAAUUCACGCUUUGACCCGGACAGCAGCGGACGUCCCACAACCUGGGACUCGUUUGGCAUUUGGGACAAUCGCAUUGACGAGCCGAUUCUGCUGCCGUCCAGCAUCCGCUACGGAAAGCCCAUCCCCAAAAUCAGCUUGUCCAAGGUGGGCUGCGCCUCACUGAUCGGCCAGCGCAAAGAGAACGAGGACCGCUAUCAGGUGUCGCAGAUGACCAACGACAUCCUUUACUUCGCUGUGUUCGACGGCCACGGCGGUGCUCAGGCCGCUGACUUUUGCCACAAAUACAUGGAGCAGCACAUCAAAGAGCUUGUAGAAAAAGAGGACAACCUAGAGGUCGUCCUGACAAACGCGUUUCUAAACGUGGACAAAGAAUUAGCGAAGCACCUUCACUUGAGCGCAGACGCCUCUGUGCUAAGCGCAGGCACCACGGCCACGGUGGCGCUGCUGAGAGACGGCAUCGAGCUGGUGGUGGCCAGCGUGGGCGACAGUCGUGCCAUGCUCUGCAGGAAGGGUAAAGCUCUUAAACUGACCCUGGACCACACACCUGAGAGGAAGGACGAGAAAGAGAGGAUCCGUAAGAGUGGAGGUUUUGUGACUUGGAACAGUUUGGGCCAACCUCACGUGAACGGGCGUCUGGCCAUGACGCGAAGCAUCGGAGACUUCGACCUGAAAAACGCAGGCGUCAUCGCCGAACCAGAGACCAAGCGGACUUCAUUACAUCACGUACACGACGCCUUCCUCGCACUCACCACAGACGGCAUCAACUUCAUCAUGAACAGCCAGGAGAUCUGUGAUGUAAUCAACCAGUGCAACGACCCCAAAGAGGCAGCGCAGCGUAUCUCUGAACAGGCCUUACAGUAUGGUGCAGAUGACAACAGCACGAUCAUCGUGGUACCGUUUGGUGCGUGGGGCAAACACAAGAGCUCGGACGUGAGCUUCUCUUUCAGCCGCAGCUUCGUGUCCAGCGGCCGUUGGGCAUGAGUGAGUGAUGGACAGAGACUCAGACAGAAAGCGAGAGGAGGAGGAGAUUGGGGAGAAGGGGGAAUGGGUUUUGAACAAAAAACGGUCCAGGUGGGACGAGGAUCCCAGAGUGCAAUACGUUUAGGGCGUUAUGGGAACAGGAAACAUUUAACUCGACUCAAACCGCUUUGGGACGAGGACACGGUUCGUAACUGUAGUUCUGAUGAGACAGUGAAGCGUUUUGUGUGAACAGUACUGUGUUAGGAUUGUACCAGUGUACACCCUGAAGAAAAGCAGUGCUUUAGUGUCCAGUGUGUGCGCACUAAUCAGUAUUUCUAAAACUGAACAAGACCAGUGGUGGCACAGGGGCCCAUCGGUUGCCGUACGAACGGUUGUCUAGUUUUACCUCAGAAUAUUUUCAAGUGUUUGUAUUUUAUAACUGUGAAUAGACAGUAGUUGUUUUUGUUUGUUUGUUUUUGUUUUAAUUUGCAAGCACAUUUGCUGGGUCAAGAAGUACACACGCACUACUCUGUAUCUCCUGCUUCCACGGUUUAAAGUGUGUCUAGGUCAUUUGCCUGAACCGUUCGAUCGCCUGAAGGCGUCGAUCAUCUUAGUGACUUAAUUAUCUCCGUCCCACGCCGUACUAAGACGUGACCGUGCAUGGAUUUUAUGAAUUAGAUGUCACUAGCAUUGCUCUGUAGAAACUUGUAACAGCAUUCCUACAAAAAGAACAGAUAAAGAGCCCAGAUAUACACUGAUAUGGUUUUAGUAACCAGGUGAUACAUGGAUGCUUCACAACCAUCGAAUUCACAUCAUCUGUUUUUUUUUUUUUAUUUUUUAUUCACAUUGAACAUUUAUUGAAGGUGUUGCUGGGUGAUGGUGCACUUAUCCAGGGGCAGCUGUUUAACAUUUGAUCCAUGAGCUGGGGAACAUGUAAUGUCUUUCCUGUGGGUCAUUUUAAAUAAAUCUCUUCGUUCCACAACGAACCGGACGUUUUUAGCCAAGCCAGAGUGUGCAUGUGUUUUAUGGAGCGUCGUUUCUCGGACAAAGGAAUCGCACAACCGUUACGUUUGACGUUAACAUUAAACUUUUAAGUUAAUCCAGACCACUGUAUUACGUCCUGCUCAUCUAGUGCCUUUUUUUUGUUUGUUUCAGCGAUGAGAUCUCGUCAUGCAAGCACAGUAAUUUCUAGUUCCAAACACUAUUCUAGUCUCCUCAAAAAUACAGAAUUUGUGGCUUGAGCUCGCACACAAACACUUUUGUAAGAAAACGGUCCUCAUAAGUAACAUUCUGUACAGGUUUUUUUGUUUUUUUUACUGUAUGUUUUGUAUAUAAUAUUUAUAUAUUUUGAUGUUCAAGAAAUCUAUAUAUACAGAUUAUAUAUAUAUAUCUCACACACACUGUAUUAUAGAUGUGUCCAGCUUUAUUACAGUGUAAUAGACUGUAACAGUGAUGCAGUUCUGGAUGGGGAUCCACUUGUCUGUAGUUAUUUCACAGAUGUUUUGGUACAAAAAAAGCUUCUGUUAUUUCUUCUUCCUCAACCGUAGUCAGUGAUCGAUUCUUUAAUGUCCAGUGCACAGUAUCUGCAUUUAAGAUGUUCAAAAAAAUAUUUAUUUUGUUGUCCACUUUUGUUGGUUUCUUGUAUACAGGUCAUUUAGAGUGUCUAGAAAUAGAUGAUGAAUGCAACUGGAUUUUUGAUGUUUGAAAUCUCCAAAACUGACAAGCUGCUAUCUGCUAAAAAAGCAGUGAGCAGGACAAACUGGUAGACCAUCUUUACCAACUGGUUAGUUUUUAGCUUCAUUUAUUCAGCACUAAACAAUGGUGGCUCAAGCGGUUAAGACUCUCGGUUUUUGCUUAGAGGAUUGGGGUUCAAGCCUCAGCACUCCCUUAACUCUCUCUGCUCCAGGGGGCGCUGUAUCACGGCUGAACCUGAGCUCUGACCCCCAACCUCAUACUGAGCUCAUACUGCAGCAAAUAGACCUUUCUUUCCUUCCUCAGUAAAAGAAAUAAAAAAAAAACCUCCUUUUUAACAAACACUAAGCAACCUGCACUGAUGGUCUACCAUUGUUUUGGCAGCUGGUAGCUUUUCAGCCGUAAUUUUUAUAAUUUUUUUCUUUCUUUGUUUUAAUUGUGUGGUUUUUUUUCCCUCCAUUUUACUAUUCCUGUUUAGUCUCUGAGCCCGUGAUGAUAAACAUGUAUCUAUACAUGUAAUGCACGGUUUCUAGUUCUUCAAUUCAGUCAGUUUUUUUUUUGUUUUGUUUUGUUUUUUAAGAAAUGCUCUACACAUCAUAUCAUUUCAACUUUCAACUUUAACUGAUUGUUUUUAAAUAGGGGGAAAUGUGAAAAUAUUCCUCACAAUGACGCAUCACUCCGUCGUCGUCGUCGUCACCCCGUGCUCUUUUUUUAAAUAAAAUGUGAACCUUGUAAGGCAUGACUCCAUUUCUCUGCUGUUUGAUUAUUAUUAAAUUACAUUCGAUUAUUAUACUGCAAAA